GCGUUCGUGGCAGCUUCCAGGAGGACUCACCUUGAGGUCUCCCGACAUUAUCCAGCAUUAUCCAGCCCCGGAGGCUGUGGCUUAAACGAGCUGAAUUCCAAAUGAGCAAACACAGUCACACACUGGCCUCUCUGCUCAAGGCAGUGGCUGGCUCCCCUCAGGAUUGCGCAAGAUGUCACUGUGGCCGACCUGGAAUGGAAGCCGGUUUGACGCAGUCUUAGGGAACCUUGAUGUGAACUUAACCCAGACACCAGAAUUUGAAGAGCUAGUGAAGAAACAGCGGGAUCAAGGCAGCCAAAGACACCGGAACACAUUUACUAGCCCCUGUUGCUAGCCGGAAUCAUAAAGGCGCAGAAGAGUGCAGGCGGAAACCGCCUCGAGGGACACUUUUGGCGGAGGGAUGCACUUGUUCGGUUCUGCCCUUGCUUGAGUUUGUGUUUCCGGUUGUGCUCUUGCUUGAGUUUAUUUUUACGCCAUGCUCCACAGAAUCCCCGCGUUUAUACGCCCUCGCUCCUUCUCGGGCCUUCCUUUGUCCUCUGGAAACUGGGAUGUCUCAGGGGCUGUGAGUGUGCUACACGCGGCUCGGUCCGGAACUGGCAGGACAGAAAAUAAUAUCCAAAGACAUUUUGGCACCGGCAGCUCGAUCUAUAGCAAGAAAGAUAGCCCGUCUGUUCCAGCUAAUGAAAUUUCCCAGAAGGCAGCAGAGAGCCAAGACAAAGGAGAGGAGACUUCAAAAAAAGACCUGCUCGACAUUAUUAAGGACAUGAAGGUUGAACUGAGCAUAGCCAAUGUACAAACAACAAAGCCACGUGGCAGGAAGCUUUCCCCCAGUCUGGAAGCUGCAGUUAGCAGGCAUCACAGAGCUCCAGAAGAUCCUCCAGAGAAGAGAAAUGAGCUCCUGAGUCCCGAGUUGGUGGCAGCUGCGUCUGCUGUUGCAGAGUCUCUGCCUUUUGACAAGCAGACAACCAAGUCCGACCUGCUCAAGCAGCUUCAGCAACAUGAGGAAAAGUCGAGGGCUCAGAAAGACAAAGAGAAAGGCAGGAUUAGUUUCCGUCACAUAAUAUCAGAUAUGAAGAUUGCCAGACCCACUUCCGUGAGACUUAGUACAAAACCACAGCACCAGAUUCAGUUUGAUGAAGGAAUGGACAGUUCUUCUCUUGACCAGGAGAAGCCAGUUGAUUUGAAAAAAAGGAGAAGUUUAUUCAAGGGGAAAAGACUUUCAAUUUUUGACAGAAAGGCGUUUGCUGAUGAAGCACCUGAACCAGAAGCCUCGCCUUCUCUCUGGGAGAUAGAAUUUGCUAAGCAGCUGGCCGCAGUCAGUGAGCAGCCUUUGGGGAAUGGAUUUGAGGAGAUGAUCCAGUGGACAAAAGAGGGGAAACUGUGGGAGUUCCCAAUUGACAACGAAGCCGGUUUUGAUGAUGAUGGCUCAGAGUUCCAUGAACAUAUAUUUUUGGAUAAGUACCUCGAAGGUUUCCCCAAGCAAGGACCAAUUCGCAUCUUCAUGGAGCUGGUGACUAAUGGCCUUUCGAAAAACCCAUAUCUGAGUGUUAAACAGAAAGUCGAGCAUAUAGAGUGGUUUAGAAGUUAUUUUAAUGAAAAAAGGGAUAUUCUCAGAGAAAAUAACAUAGAGUUCACUUAACAUCAUGAAGAAAUUUUUUAUUUAAACUGCUGAAGAUAUAAGCUAAAUAAAAUUUUUAUUAAAGUUUUCCUGUUGAUUAUUAUAUCUGAUUUGA